UCACACAAUCACUCAUUUUAACUUGAUGUUCUUUUGGUUUUAUUCCACCAUGUUAUGCCCAUCUUCAUGAGUAACGGUGGUGUUGGGUGUCAACUUUCAUGGCAGUGUCCUAUAGGCCUAACCAAAUCAGAUUACGUGGAUCUGAUAUGGUGCUUUGAUAACAUGGUGAAUUCACUGAAUUGAUCUUGUAGAAAAACAAUCUUUCCUUUUUCCCUUAUAAAGUUGUUUUUGUUCUUUAUUUUCUUUAUACCAAACCUCUCCUGUUAAGGGAUUAAUACCCUUUUUUGUUCUCUGAAAUUAUUAUCUAGGUUGGCUUUGAUGAUAAAUGACACCACCCUUUUGUAACCCCAUGUGCACUGUGCUUUCCAACCAUAUAUUUACACACUUCAUCAUAUCCACAUUCCCUAUCACACAACACAUCACAAUAGGUGCCCACCAACUGUUUGAACCAAUGUCCAAACCAAUUUCUGUUCCUUAGACAGUAGUAAAAAAUUUCUGAUUUAUAUAAGCUAUGCUUUUGGUCUUUACUGGUUUUGAAAAUAUUUCAUGCGUGAGGGUCUUAUAAUAAUUGGACAUGUAUGUAUGACAUGAUAUCUUACUUGAGCUUAUAAAGCAAGACUUUUUCCUCCCUAGAAGAAUUUCCCUUGAGUGUUAGUUUCUAUGCGUGAGUUUGAGGCCAAAAGAGUCUAGAACGUGAGUUUCAUUAUUGGAAGGGAAUGCCUUUAUUGGAAGGCUAAUGCUCCUUCCUCUUGUGGUAUAGUUUAAGCCAUAAUAUGUUUUGCCUCAUAUUCUACGCAGAGUUUCUUUAAUAUCUUUAAGAGUUGUUAGUUUUUUCAAGUUGCCAUUGUUUUAGAAUUGGGUUUGGGACUUGGAGUAGUUUUGAGAUGAAGAUAUGAAUGCAAAGGAGACAUGUCAUUGAGUGGGCUAGUUAUUGCUUUAAGUGUUGCCUUUGGGUGUUUUCUUCUGGCUCUUGCUGCAGAGCUUUGCUAUUUGUUGUGGUGGAAGAAAAGAAGAACUCACACAGAAACUGAAGAAGAAGACCAUAGCAAUGAUGCAAAGGGGUUGCUUAAUGGAGUGUGUUGGAAGGCACCAUCUACCACCAAUUCAGUGACUGUGAGGAGCAGUGAACCAGAAAACAAAAGUCAUGAACCAGAUUUGGAGUUAGGUAAGGAUGUUGUUGGGUUGAAGAAUUUUGGAGAAGAAGGGGUGGAAUGUGAGUUGAUGAGGCUGCACAACCUGGCUGGUCCUCCAAGGUUUCUGUUCACAAUCAAAGAGGAAAGCAAAGAAGAUUUGGAUUCUGAAGAUGGUAGGAGCAGAAAAGGGUCAAGAACAAGGAGCUUGAGUGAUAUAAUGGUGGCAACAAUUGAUUCCCCUUUCCUUAACCCUGUGGCUUCAUCACCUUUGAAGUGUUCUUUGGAUGGUCUUGAUUCUUUCAAGCACCAAGGGUUCAAUCCUCUCUUUGAAUCAUCAAUGGAGUCAGAGCUGAACAGAUUUAGAUCUAAUUCACCACCUCCAAAAUUCAAGUUCUUGAGGGAUGCAGAGGAGAAGUUGUAUAGAAGAUUGAUUGAGGAAGCUCAGAGAAAGGCAAAAGCAAAUGGUUCUGUAGCAGAAUCUGAGGCUAAGGUCUCCCUAAUUCAAUAUCAGUAACAGAUAACAGUAACCGGUCAUUGCUUAGAUUUGUCAACAACAAAGAGAGAGAGCAGGUAAAGCUUCAACAUCCUUCAAGUUCAUCACAGGUUCUUCCACUGUCAUCUUCUCCCACAACAUUCAAACCAGUUGAGAAA